AUGAUGAGGCUCAAGGCAUUCAGCGCGCAUUUUAUAUUUAUCACAAUGACGUCUAGUUUGACGUCUAUGAAAAAUAGGAACAAGGAAAAAUUAGUGGAUAAAGUGUCCCGAGUAGAUAAUAUUGUAGCGUUUGAUGAUGACCUACCACCUAAAAGGGUGUGUAGGCUCACAUUUGUUGACUUCGCGCCCAUAUUUAAAUUGGAUUUAGACAAUGGCAAUGAAAAACUCGUAAAAAUCACCAUGGUGUACGUAUCUGAGCUGGUAGACUAUGCCAACAAAUGGUUAGUGGACAGGGAGGAAUGGGAUGUGGUCUGUUGCGAGACUGUCGGUGCGAACAUAGAGAUCCAGUUGGGUGCGGGCGGGCUGAUUGAUCGGAAAAGGGUACUGACCACAUAUACCAUACCAGAUACAUACGACGAGAGAGUUCAACUACUAAACCUACUUAUCCAUAAAGUACCGGGAGAUUUAUACGUCAAGAUGUUGAGGCUAUGGGUACGACCUUUCGAUACCCGCGAGUUCAACGAUAAGGUGCGACCGAUUGUACCGCAGAUACAGUUCCGCGACUUUGAGCCCCGGAUUCUGGACUCAAGUAGUAAUAGGUUUGAGAGCAUCGAUGAGGUGGUGGCGCGACUUAACGGUACCAUUAAUGCCGAAGAGAUUACGGGAAAGGUGUUGAACGUACAGACAGUGGCCUGUAAUCUUACUCUGGACUGGCAAAUAGACUCUCAGUCCACUGAGGCUACGCCAUCGGUGGGAAAGACUGUAUUCGUGUUGAGAGUGUUUUGGACGUUAGGGCCGAUACAGGACGAGGAGGUAGGGUUGGCUGACUUUGUGCCACAGUGUCUGGUAGGGGGCGGUAUGUUUAAGAGACCUCAGUUUGAGUCCCAGUCCUGUGUAUUACGGAAGGCCUCGAAAUGGUUGUCCGAAAACCCGGAAAUAAACUUUUGUAGUGCGAUGUCAUUGGAUGUGAAACUCAAGUCAAUGGUAUCAAUUGACACGAAACGGAUGUCUGUCAACCGGGGAACCGGAGAUUACGUACGAUUCCUACGCAUAGCGUAUACCAAAUCCCGGGAAGUGUCGGAAGACAUACCCAUCAGCUCUACACUACCGCCGCCUCCGCCUGUGUAUCUCGAGCACCGGGUGCUUGUCUUACAUAAAGACUAUUCAGACAUAAAACACGCUAUCAAUGACUUCAUGGGAAGGGAUGAGUGGCGGACAUCACAAGAACAGUACAAAUGGCUUCUCUUGAGCUGCGAAACGGUUCCCAUAUUUGCGAAGAAUUAUCUCAAAACAACGCUCGACACUAAUACUGACCGCUCAUUUCAGGCCCUCCUGUCCUCUAACCUAACGCUCAUAAGUGGACAGGCAUUCAGCGCGCAUAAUAUUCUUAAUAUUAUCCAGCAAAGAUUACUGGAUAAAGUGUCCCGAAUAGAUAAUAUUAUAGCGUUUGAUGAUGACCUACCACCAAAAAGGGAGUGUAGGCUCACAUUUGUGGACUUCGCGCCCAUAUUUAAAUUGGAUUUCGACAAUGGCAAUGAAAAACUCGUAAAUAUCACCAUGGUGUACGUAUCUGAGCUGGUAGACUAUGCUAACAAAUGGUUAGUGGACAGGGAGGAAUGGGAUGUGGUCUAUUGCGAGACUGUUGGUGCGAACAUAGAGAUCCAGUUGAGUGCGGGCGGGCUGAUUGAGCGCAAGCGGGUGCUGACCACAUACGCCAUGGGCGACACUGACAUGGAGGGGCAUAACCUGGAGAUGCUGGUGCGCGUAAGAGCGCCGGUAGUUCUUCACGUCAAGCUUCUGAGGCUAUGGGUGCGACCGUUUGAUACCCGCGAGUGCGACGAGAAGGUGCGGCCGAUUGUACCGCAGAUACAGUUCCGCGACUUUGAGCCUAAAAUAUUGGACUCAAGUAGUAAUACGUUUGAGAGCAUCGAUGAGGUGGUGGCGCGACUUAACGGUGCCAUUAGUGCCAAAGAGAUUACGGGAAAGGUGUUGAACGUCCAAACACUAGCCUGUAGUGCAGGUCAUAACUGGGAGAUAGACUCCCAGUCCACUCGGUAUCAGCCAUGGGUGGGAAAGACUGUAUUCGUGUUGAGAGUGAUUUGGAUGUUAGGGCCGAUACAGGACGAGGAGGUAGGGUUGCGUGACUUUGAGCCUCAGUGUCUGGUAGGGGGCGGUAUGUUUAAGAGACCGCAGUUCGAGUCCCAGUCCUGUGUAUUACGGAAGGCCUCGAAAUGGUUGUCCGAAAACCCGGAAAUUAAUUUCUUUGGCGCGACGACAGUGUAUGUAAAGCUAAAGUCAAUUGUAUCGAUUGACACGAAACAGAUGUCCGUCACCCGAGGGACCGGACAUUACGUGCGAUUCCUACGCAUAGCGUAUACCAAACCUCGGGAGGUGUCGGCAAACAUAUCGCUUAACUCUACACUACCAACGCAUCCGCCCAUAUAUCUCGAGCACCGGGUGUUUGUCUUACAUAAGGACUACUCGGAGAUUAAACACGCGAUCAAUGACUUCAUGGGAAGGGAUGAGUGGCGGACAGCACACGAACAGUACAAUUGGCUUCUCUUGAACUGCGAAACGGUUCCCAUAUUUGCGAAGAAUUAUCUCAAAUCAACGCUCGAGAAGAAUACCGACCGUUCAUUUCAGGCCCUCCUGUCCUCCAACCUAAACCCCAAUCUUACGGAAUAUUAUGCGCUUAAACUCUAUUACGAUGUCGGAUACUUUGGGAACCAGCAAAGAUUAGUGGAUAAAGUAUCCCGAAUAGAUAAUAUUGUAGCGUUUGAUGAUGACCUACCAACUAAAAGGGUCUGUAGGCUUACAUUUGUUGACUUCGCGCCCAUAUUUAAAUUGGAUUUCGACAAUGGCAAUGAAAAACUCGUAAAUAUCACCAUGGGUGAGCUGGUAGACUGUGCCAACAAAUGGCUACUGGACAGGGAGGUAUGGGAUGUGGUCUGUUGCGAGACUAUCGGUGCGAACAUAGAGAUCCAGUUGAGUGAGGGCGGGCUGAUUGAGCGGAAGCGGGUGCUGACCACAUACGCCAUGGGCGACACUGACAUGGAGGGGUUUAACCUGGAGGCGCUGGUGCACUCAAGAGCGCCGGUAGUUUUUCACGUCAAACUUCUGAGGCUAUGGGUGCGACCGUUCGAUACACGCGAGUACGACGAGAAGGUGCGACCGAUUGUACCGCAGAUACAGUUUCGCGACUUUGAGCCCCGGAUUCUGGACUCAAGUAAUAAUACGUUUGAGAGCAUCGAUGAGGUGGUGGCACGACUUAACGGUGCCAUUAAUGCCGAAGAGAUUACGGGAAAGGUGUUGAACGUACAGACACUGGCCUGUAGUGCCGGUCAUAACUGGGAGAUAGACUCCCAGUCCACUCAGUAUCAGCCAUGGGUGGGAAAGACUGUAUUCGUGUUGAGAGUGUUUUGGACGUUAGGGCCGAUACAGGACGAGGAGGUAGGGUUGCGUGACUUUGAGCCUCAGUGUCUGGUAGGGGGCGGUAUGUUUAAGAGACCGCAGUUCGAGUCCCAGUCCUGUGUAUUACGGAAAGCCUCGAAGUGGUUGUCCGAAAAUCCGGAAAUUAAUUUCUUUGGCGCGACGACAGUGUAUGUAAAGCUAAAGUCAAUGGUAUCGAUUGACACGAAACAGAUGUCUGUCACCCGAGAAACCGGAAAUUACGUGCGAUUCCUGCGCAUAGCGUAUACCAGACCCCGGGGUGUGUCGGCAGACGUAUCGAUCAACUCUGAACAACCAUCCCCUCCGCCCAUAUAUCUCGAGCACCGGGUGUUUGUCUUACAUAAGGACUACUCGGAUGUUAAACACGCGAUCAAUGACUUCAUAGGAAAGGAUGAGUGGCGGACAGCACAGGAGCCGUACAAAUGGCUUCUCUUGAACUGCGAAACGGUUCCCAUAUUUGCGAAGAAUUAUCUCAAAACAACGCUCGAGAAGAAUACUGACCGUUCAUUUCAGGCCCUCCUGUCCUCCAACCUAAACCCCAGUCUUACGGAAUAUUAUGCGCUUAAACUCUAUUAUGAUGUCGGAUACUUUGGUGAGCUGGUAGAUUUUGCCAACAAAUGGCUACUGGAUAGGAAGGUAUGGGAUGUGGUCUGUUGCGAGACUGUCGGUGCGAACGUAGAGAUCCAGUUGAGUGAGUGCGGGCUGAUUGGGCGCAAGCGGGUGCUGACCACAUACAACAUCCCCGGCGACCGCAUACGAGGGAUAACCGAAUAUGAGGGGCUUAACCUGCAGGCGCUGUUGUACGAGAGAGCGCCGGUAGUCUUUCACGUAAAACUGUUCAGGCUAUGGGUACGACCUUUGGAUAGGAACCCGGAGUUCAAUGAUAAGGUGCGACCGAUUGUACCGCAGAUACAGUUCCGGGACUUUGAGCCCCGGAUUCUGGACUCAAGUAGUAAUAGGUUUGAGAGCAUCGAUGAGGUGGUGGCGCGACUUAACGGUGCGAUUAAUGCCGAAGAGAUUACGGGAAAGGUGUUGAACGUACAGACAGUGGCCUGUAAUGUUGCUCUGGACGACCAAAUAGACUCUCAGUCCACUCAGGCUACGCCAUCGGUGGGAAAGACUGCAUUCGUGUUGAGAGUGUUUUGGACGUUAGGGCCGAUACAGGACGAGGAGGUAGGGUUGGCUGACUUUGUGCCCCAGUGUCUGGUAGGGGGCGGUAUGUUUAAGAGACCUCAGUUUGAGCCCCAGUCCUCUGUAUUACGGAAGGCCUCAAAAUGGUUGUCCGAAAACCCGGAAAUAAACUUUUGUAGUGCGAUGUCAUUGGAUGUGAAACUCAAGUCAAUGGUAUCAAUUGACACGAAACGGAUGUCUGUCAACCGGGGAACCGGAGAUUACGUACGAUUCCUACGCAUAGUGUACACCAAACCUCGGAAAGUGUCGGAAGACAUGCCCAUCAGCUCUACACUACCGCCGCCUCCGCCUGUGUAUCUCGAGCACCGGGUGUUUGCUUUACAUAAAGACUAUUUAGACAUAAAACACGCGAUCAAUGACUUCAUGGGAAGGGAUGAGUGGCGGACAUCACAGAAACCGUACAAAUGGCUUCUCUUGAGCUGCGAAACGGUUCCCAUAUUUGCGAAGAAUUAUCUCAAAUCAACGCUCGAGAAAAAUACUGACCGUUCAUUUCAGGCCCUCCUGUCCGCCAACCUAACCCUCAGUCUUAUGCAAUAUUAUGCGCUUAAACUUUAUUAUGAUGUCGGAUACUAUGGUGUAGAUCAUGAUCAGAGUCAAUGUAAAAAUGCGGCAAGUAAAACAAUAUGA